AUGGGCGACGCGUUCUUGCGGGCGCUGGGCGCCGACCUGCAGCAGACGCAGCGCGCGCUGCCCCCGCUCUGCCUGUUCUGCGUGCCCCAGCCGCGCUCGCUGCUGGCCGACCAAGACCUCACACAGGACGUGCUGUACUCGCACUUCCUCACGCCCGCGGACGGCGACGACCCGCGGCUCGGCGAGUACAACACGCUCAACGGUAAACAAGUUGCCGUGCUGGGCUCGCACAUCCACACGGGCCGAGGCUUCAGCGACCGCCGACAAGUGCGCAUUCUGCUGUCCGAGAAGAGGGAGAUCCAGCACCAGGAGGUGACGGUGCUGCACAUCAGCCGCCCGCUGGAGGGCGGCAUCGAGGUGCCCGAAGACCCCAGCGAGAUCGACGUGGCCACCUUCAGGAAGUACACGGCCAUCCUCCGCUCCUUCCCGGAGAACGAGCUGGUGUUCUACCAGCUGGACGAGACCAUCAGCCAGGUGCACAAGAUCUGCGUGCAGGAGCAGGUGUACGAACGGUACAAGCAGACGCUGCCGGCCAAUCUGAGAGAGGAGUGGGAGGCGGCAGUGGAGGAGCUCAUCCAAGCCGGCAGCUUCGACGAUGUUGAAGAGGACUACAGGCUGCAGAGGAGACAUGGCGGAGGAGUGAGCCACUUGCUGCAGAUCCAGCAGGUGGUGGAGUGCUAUUUGAUGGAGAGUCUGCACGACUUGAUCUUCCCGAGAGUCGUGGCAAGUUGUCAGGAGCAGGACCGGAAGCUGCAGCAGGUCAUGUACCGCAUGAGACACUAUACGCCGGAAGAUUUUGGACUGCGGAAGGAGUUUCAGUGUUUUGCUUCCGAGGCACGAGAUACGCUUCUCACUGUUGUUGAAAAGAAGACACCCCUGGAUAUGUUGUUGAUUUUCAAGGCGUGCAUCGACCGAGUAAGCGACGCGAUCACAAGGAAUGUCAAGCUUCGCCGGUUAGAUUUUGAGGUUUACCAGUUGACAACCGACGACAUUUUGGAUCAACUUUUAUUUGUGCUGGAUGCCAGAUUAACGCCUUCAUUUCCUCUCGCUGCCGUGAUAAAGUACAUCUCCGACUAUCACUUUAUCAACUCCAACACGACAGCGCUGGGCUUCACAAUCGCAAAUUUCCAGGUGGCGAUCGAAUAUUUCCUGAUGCGGGGAGAUCACGAAGACGACUGCAAGGACUGUGCAGAUCUCGCUUUACAAGGCGGGACCGCUGGGAUUCGGUGUUCGCAGAUUAUAGAAGAGUCGAAGUGCGUGCAAGCUGUUCACAGAAUUCGGCGCGAUCUUAUGAAAGCAGUAGAAAAUGUGGAGCUUGCGCGACGAGAUACUGGAACCGAAACUCGCCAGGAAAGCCCCCACCCCAGCGUCGCUGAUCCGAGUUACUGUGGUGGCGAUGUGCCAUCGAUGAAGCAACUAUCCAUAAUCGGAGAAUGGUCUUCAUCUGAUAACGAAAGUGGCCGCAGUAAAGAUACUCAUACUGAAGCGGGAUCUUCUAGCUCCCUUGCUGUUCAACCGGUUGAGUUUGUCGUCGAGGGAAAACGAACUUUGGUGAGCGACACCAGCGUUGUUCAAGUGAGUGGUGGGCAGAGGUUCUUUGCUGCGGUAACCGAAGAUGGCAACUUGUUCACGUGGGGAGAUUGCAGUGGUGGUCGCUUGGGAUAUGAUAUUGCCGAUGGAGAUUCGCGUCGAGUUAGCUGUCCACAGCGUGUACUUGCGCUACAGCAUCAAACAAUUGUUCAGGUCGCAUGCGGAGCUUUCCACACGCUGGUCACGGAUCUCAAUGGGCACGUGUAUGCGUGGGGAAGCAACUCAAGAGGUCAACUUGGAUUCUUGUCACCUGGAUCCUCGUGUACAACAGUUGAAGCGCCAUCCGUUGUGGCGGAUCUGAGAGGAACAUAUAUGAGCUCCGUUGCUUGCGGCGAGUACCAUUCUCUCGCUUUGUCAUCAGACGGCCGCGUAUUCUCGUGGGGCUGCAACAAGUAUGGCAAACUAGGCCGUCGCACCGAAGGCUUGCUGGAUAUGGUGCAACCAAGACAGCUUGACGGAGAUUGGACCGCUUGGUCAAUGGAUAUGAAAUCCAGGAUAGGCAGUGGAGACAGAAGCGUUAUCCGUCGAGUUGCAGCUGGAAAGGAUCACUCGCUAGCUAUCACUAGUGACGGAGCGGGUUUCACUUGGGGACGUGGUGACUCUGGCCAACUGGGCCACGGCUGCUACAUGGACGUCAGUGAGCCGAAGCAGGUGAUGGCAAUCUCGGCGGCAAUUACCGGCACAUGCGGGUUGGUCGACAUUGCGGGAGGGAAUGAUUUAUCGCUUUUCCUGCUGCAGAAUGGGACUGCGUACAUCUGUGGACGUGAUCCUACAUUGGAUGCUGACAACCUGCACCUGUCGCCCGUACUGCUGACACUCCCAUCGAAUCUCGAACGUGAGUUCUUUGGACAGAUCGUCUCUGUUUCCUGCGGUGAAGCGCACUAUGGUCUCUUGACGAAGGCUGGCGUGUUGCUACUCUCUUACCCAAGCUUCUCACAGCCCUCAGCCGAUGCUGGAUCGACGACAACUGAAAUACAAGAGAGGCGUGUUGAAUGGGUGAAGGAGGCUACCGCUGUGCGUCGGAUGGUCUGUGGCGCCUCGCACACGCUCGCCGUUACCUAA